AUGGCUCGCAUUACCCUGAAUGACAGCCAGCGGCGGAUCAUCCAGCUAUCUCAGGAAUGGGGCGUCGUUCUCCCGCCAGCACCCGCCCGGCUCGAGCGGCCAACACAUCCGCCAUCAUUCCGGACACCAGCCGAUGACCACACAGCCGAGAGCCUCCUGCACAAGCGUGCCCAGGAGAUCUCCCAGGUCCAGCCUAAGAGCGGCCUUUCCCGUGCCUUCUCGACAAACAACCUGAAGAAGGGCAAGAACUGGGAGCCAUCGCACAUCCUCGAGGUUCUGGCAUCAUGGAUCUCCCAAUCCGGAUCUCCCGGCGUGGUAGAGGCCCUUAUUGUGAAGCUCUCUGCCGCAGGCUUCGACCUGGGAGCAAUGCAACAGCAAAAAUCAAGUAUUCUGAGCAGGCGUCGGAGUGUCGAUAGCUCCAUGGAUCGUGCUAGGCUCCUGAAGCUUGCCGUUCAGAACAACCAAUUGGAGACCGUCAAGGUUCUCCUCCCCCAUGCAGAUACUCUCUCCCUGGACGUCUGCCUUCCUCCAGCCAUCCGAGCCGGCAACAUCCAAAUGGUCGAGGCCUUAAUACGAUAUGGUGCCAGCCCCUCGCAGACACCAGAGGGCCAGGAUGCCUUCCGCCAGGCGUGCUCCGCCCCCUACCUUUCCGACAUGGUUAGUUUCAUGCUCCAAGCUAUUACCCCCCCAAGCCAGAUUUUGGCCUCGCAGUCCAUGGUGGACGCUACUCGGGCUGGAUGUCGAGACACUAUUUUGAGCCUGAGUCGUUCAUUUGCCGAUGGCGACCACAACCAGGCCGAGGCCUUACAGGUCGCCAUCGGUCUGGGACGUCGAGAUUUGGCAAUUGCCAUCAUCAUGGGAAACAAGCCACCUCAGUCCGAAGGUGUAAGUGCCGCUUUCAGGACACUCGUCGAAAACCACACACUCCAUCCCCCUACAAAACUGGAGUUGAUGGAGCUUUUGCUAUGUGCUGGGGCCAAGGGAGACAUGGUGUCACAUGCAUUGCAGCUGGCCUGCGAUUCUCAGUUUUACGACAUGGCCAAUCUACUAGCCUCCUACGGUGUAUCAAUCGAGUAUAAUGAAGCAUAUGUCCUCAAAUCCGCCAUCAGCCAAGGCCAGAUUGACCUCGUUCGAGCGCUCCUCAAUGGCCCCUCUAAGUUGAGUCCUGCUCUCGCGUCAAGCUGUAUCAGCGUGAUUCCCCCGCACGUAUCAAAUCAGGACAGAUACAUGGUCCUUGAUCUACUAUUAAGGAAAGGUGCCAAAGGCACACCGCUUGAUGAAGCCUUGGUGAUGGCUGCUGAGGCCGGCGAUGGGUACUGUGUCGACCUACUGUUGCGCCCAUUCUUCCCCAGCCCACACAACAAUUUAAACUCUCCUCGGACCAACGGCUCAGCCAAGCCUCAAAUACCGCAUGAAGUGGCUUCUGUCGACUACCAAGGCGGAAAAGCACUUCAGAAUGCCAUUUUACGGGUUGACAAGGCCAUGGUGUAUCGGAUGCUAUCUGCUCAGCCCUCUCCUGAAACUCUCUCAGCUGCCUUUCCUCUGGCUAAAAAUAUACCAGUCCCGGAUCGAUACGAAGUGGUCGAGUUGUUUUUGAAAAGCGCUUUAGCGGGGCCCAGUCUGCAUGCUGCGUUAGAAGGUGCCCUUGGCGAGGAUAUGGCGACUCGAGACGAUGAGCUCAUCAGACUACUACUCGCCUACGGUGCUGACAUCAAUCACAACCAGGGGACUGCUCUUCAGUCGGUUAUUAUCCAGAGUGACCUGCAGCUUCUGGGAAACCUCCUAUCAAAGGCUGUUCCACAGACCGCUGCAUCACAGAUCCCCACCAUCAUGACCGUAGCCGAUCACCGUUCACGUCACGGGAUGAUGGAUCUCGCCCUGCGCGCAGGUGGUGCCAUUGGUGUCGAGCAUGUCGCAUACGCCCUGUAUGAAACGCUACGAGAAAGUCCCGUCGAUAUGUCUCUGCUCCACCUCGUUUUGCAGCAGGGAAAUGCCAAUUUGAAUGACCCCAACUACCCGGCUGUGAAACAAGCAAUUCUUAAUCCAGACCCUAAAGUCCUCGAUUUGGUUCUUAGUCUGGGCAAGCCCUCGGCAGAGACCGUGACAGAGGGCCUCAAUGAGAUAGCACUGCUGCCAUCAACCGAAGGGAAGGCUUGGAAGUUGAGGUCGAUGAUGGCAAAAUCUCGCAGAGGCGAGGACCUUGGAAUGCUCCUUGCAGGUGAAGCCCAGUCUCUGGUCCAAAAUAGCACGCAUCAGCCCUCAUUCUCUGCACUGAAGGAGCUGCUUGAUCUAGGAGCGGAUCCGAACGCAUACGACGCUACUGCCAUAUGCCGUGCUGUUGCAGGCUCGAACGAAAUGAUUUUUGACAUGCUCGCAGAGUCGUCACGUCCGCCAACAGAGGCGUCACUUGCCCUUGCAAUGCCGCACGCAUUACACCUAACCGACCCGAUGAAUAGACUGACGUUCACAAAGAAACUCGUUUCAUUGGGCGCACCGCCCUCUGAAGUGAACCGAGCUUUGGUGCAUGCAAUUGAAGCGUAUGCGGAGGAUGUUUCUUUGAUUAGCGUACUGGCCGAAUCAGCAAAUACCUCCGACGGAGAGGCGCUUAAGAGAGCUGUCCAGAAGGAGUCACAGGAGUUGCUCGAUCUACUGCUAUCCAAGACCAAACAUCCAGAUGGGGCCAGAAAUACUGCAUUUGAGAAGGCCAUGGGUGUGAGAGACGGCGCCAUCCGCAGAAAUCUCUGCAGUCGCCUUCUAAAGUCGGGCAUAUCAACAGACAUUGCUUCUAAUGCCUUGCUCGUUGCUGCCCGCGAUGGCGAUCUAGAUCUGGGAAAUAUCCUCAUGGCGCACGGUGCUACCGUUUCCAGUAAGAAUGGUCAGGCUAUCAUCGAGGCAUGCCGUGGAGGAUCCGUUGAAGCUGUUGAGAUGUUACUACGUAACGAGGGCAUGGUGGAACGUAUCAUUCUGGAACGUAGUUUCCAGGCUGCCACAGAGGUUGGCGAUUUGAAUAAGCGAGCACUUAUUUUCGAAAAGCUUCUCCGGAGGGGCGUUUCUGGAGAUCCCGUACACGCCCAACUGCUCCCCGCGGCAAGGUACGGCGAGGCAGGCUAUGAGGUCCUCAAGGUCUUGCUAGCGGCUGGGGCAGAUCCAAAUUAUAACAAUGGAGAGGCUCUUGUGAGCGCGACUCAGAGCGCUCUCACAAGGAGUCUCCAGCUGAUGUUGGGCAUGUGGGAUGAUGCCGGUAAGCAGAAACGCCCAUCUCCGCCUACCUUGACGCGAGCAUUUAAGGCAUCUUGGACCCUCGAACCCGAUAUCAGGUUCUCCAUAAUACAGGAUCUUUUCCAAGCCGGACUACCCGUUAUGGAAGAUAUCCACAUGGCACUGAAUGAUGCUGUCAACGAAGAGACUCCGGAUGACAGACUGGUUGAGCUUCUACUGAACAACGGCGCCUCACCUUUGACGAACGAUUGCAAGACACUCGUAGAUGCUACGAAGCGUGCGGCAGCAUCGUCCCUCGCCAUCUUACUGAAGAAACCAGUGCCUAUUGAGCAUUUGAACCGGGCAUUUUCUCAAAGCUUUACGCUCGAAAACUUCGGCUCAUGGUUUUCGCCAUCAGGAAAGAAGACGGUCCAGAUACUUCUCGACCAUGGUGCGAAGGGGCCAGCAUUGGGCGAAAUGCUGUCUCAGGUGAUUGGAAAAUCCACUCCUGAGACAGCUGACAUUGCCGACGAGUUCAUCGAGCUUCUUGUCUUGUACGACCCUGACGUCAAUCACAAUCAAGGCGAACCCCUCCGCUUGGCUGCCUCGGUAGCAAAUGCUCGCUGGGUCAACUUGUUGCUACAGUGUCGCCCGUCAAGUGUAACGCUAUCUAGCGCCUUCCAACGUAUCUUUGACAGGUCAUUGGAUGAAUCUGAUGCUCUAGCGCUUUUUGAAGUCUUUAGUGACUAUCACGAUGGAGAGAACCGGGUGGAUAUCCUGGCGCAGACGCCGGGCGCACCGCCUCUCCUCUUGCAGGCCAUGGCUCAAUACCCUCGCUCUACCAGAAUCCUGACCACGUUGCUCGAUGCUGGGUGUUAUCAUGAUCAGACAACAAUGUGCCAGCUUCACCCUGAUGUAGAGGCAGAAAACGUAACACUGCUGACGUGGGCCAUUGCUCAGCCACAGAAGAAAAUUAGCUCCGCUAUAAUUCAGCUGCUUGUUGAGCGUGGGUCCAAUGUCAACAGCCAAUCACCCAAGUCAGGGGUUACCCCCUUGAUGCUUGCCAUCCAAGCCAAGCGGAUUGACAUUGUCAAGCUACUUCUUAUGGAGGGUGCAGAUGCCGACGCUACAGACUACUUAGAUCGAUCUCCCCUCUCCAUGGCGACAGACAUCGGAGGAAAUCUCGCAACCGAAAUGAUGGGAUACGUUCUCGCAGCGGAUCCCAACCCUAACGAUGGAUCUCUGCAUAAUGUAGCUCGUUCUCUCAACCAUGCCGCAGUCAAGGUUCUACUUGAAUCUGGCCACGAUCCCGACUUCCCAAGCACGCAGCAUGGUGGGAGGAGCGCCCUUGGAGAAGUCUGUCUACGUGGCUCAACCGGAGAGGAUCUUACUCCUGAGAGGGAAAAGGCGAUGGGUAAGGUCAUGACUGCCCUCGUGGAUGCAGGAUCCGACGUUACAAUAAGAUCUGGGGAUAAGUCGUUACUACACUUAUGCUUCGAGUCAGCGAACCCUGUGGCAACGACCCGGGUCUUUCUCAAGGUGGCGAUGUGGAAACACAUCAACAAGCCUUUGAACCAAUACACUUCGGACGGAUACACCUACUCACCAACCAUGUAUGUGUCUAAAGUGCUACCGCCUUUCGACGCCAAGGAGGAGCUUCUCAGUUUGCUCUAUGCCAACCGUGGCGUCGAUGUGUACUACAAAAACGAAGGACCGCAGCCAGAAGGCGCGACAGGCCUUCCGGAGGAUUUGCUAGUCCAGGAGCGGGUGAGGAAGGCUCGCUUGGAACGAUUGGCAGAAGAAUCAGAGGACUUUAAGCUGUCCCUCGCCAGGAAGCGCGAGCUUGCUACCGUUGAGAAUCAAAUCAUGACACAGAAGCGCGAGAUGGAGGACGCGCGUCGCAAGAAAAUGCAUAAUGACGAGCUGGUUUCCAUGCGAUCCAAGGCCGAAAUGGAACUCUCCAUGGACGCCGCCGCUCACCAGAGACGCAUGUCUCAGCAACGUGCGCUCGCCGACGCGUCGAACGCGCAUAUGCGCGCGGCGGCGGAUGCCGAGGUGCUGGCGGAGGACAUGCGGAGGAGAAAAAUGCUCGAGUGGGAGAACAAAGCGAACCGGGAGCGCAUCAGUAACGAGCGUGCGCUCAGCGCGGUUCGCAUCAGCGAGCGCGAGGAGCUGGACCGGCUGGACCGCAGUGCUGACGAUCGCCUGAAUAAGAGGCUGGACGCUCAGAAGAAACUCGUCGAGAGUCAGGACAAGCUGGCUAAGAGACUGGCGGCGGGACCCGGGGGCGUGGAUCAGAGAAGGCAGAUUGGUUUUAUAUCCGAGGAGCUGAAUUAG